UAAAUUAUUCAGUUUGAGUAACUAAUGUUGGCAUCACAUGUGUUUUUGCAGGGUUUUCAAUUUUGUGUUUACAGAGCCACUUAAAAGACUUCCCUUGUGUCUCUACUGGAUUGGUGUUAUAGUUGUGUCGGUUUUCCGGUUUUACCAUAUUUCUAAGAACAGCAAAAUUGAAAGGAUUCUUCUUCGAAAAUACUACCAUCUGGUGGCAGUGCUAAUGUUUGUGCCAGCUUUUAUUUUCCAGCCAAUAUUUAUUGAUCUAGCAUUUGGUGUGGCUUUGGCCGUCUUCUUGGCAUUAGAAAUUAUUCGAGUAUGGAAAAUUUGGCCUUUGUGGCAACUGGUCCAUCAGUUCAUGAAUGCGUUUACAGACCAUCGUGAUUCAGAUAUCCUUAUUGUCAGCCAUUUUUCACUCUUAUUGGGCUGUGCUCUUCCUAAGUGGAUGUCUUCGGGGUUCAAUGAUCGACCACUCGCCCCAUUUGCUGGAAUUUUAAGUUUAGGUAUUGGUGAUACAAUGGCUUCGAUGGUUGGUCACAAGUAUGGUGUCCUUAGGUGGAGCAAAACUGGCAAGAAAACUGUUGAAGGUACUGCAGCUGGUAUAACAUCUGUGCUGGCAGCUUGCUCUGUUCUUCUUCCACUUCUAGCAUCAACUGGCUAUAUACUUUCCGAGCAUUGGUUCUCCCUGCUCCUAGCCGUCACAGUGAGUGGUUUGUUGGAAGCCUACACAGCACAGCUUGACAAUGCUUUCAUUCCUCUGGUGUUCUACAGUCUUCUUUGUCUGUGAAGCCUUUCCUCUCUAACCUUGUAUAUCUGACACAAAAAAAUUGUCCUUAGUACCCUGAGAUUUCAGGGAUUUUUUUUUUCUUCAUUAUUUGUAGUGUGCUUCUCUAAGCACUAGUAUUGUACAUAAUAUCACUAACCAGCUCAUGAUCGAAGUAGAUACAGAGAACCUAGACUGGAGUGCAGGGUGAUGUGAAGCUUAAAACAGCCUGUUGUAUAAAGAGGAAGACUUUUUUUUUAUUUUGCUUAUUUUU